CCGCGGCCUCGCGCGCCUCGUCUCGUUAAUCACUCGUGUUCGCUAUUGUUAUAGCGCGUCGUACAGCCAUCUUUGUCAAAUUACAAGCGAUUCAUUUCAAUAAUUCGGUUGUGCUAACAAAUGGAACAAAACGCAAAUACUGUUGCCGAUGCGUUGUGUGAUAGAAACGAGUGCAUUACUACAUUCUCUUUUGUUUUAUCGUUGACGCUACGCUGAAUGGAAGCGUUACGACGGCGUUAACGAUCAGUCUACCAUUAAAAUGAUGGAUGAUGUCGUCUUUUGCAAAAACUGUGUAAAGUGUUUGUUUUAAUAAAUAAUGUGAAGGGUGGUAUUUGUAUUUAUGUUUGACUGUGUAUAUGAAGAGAACUGCGUCGUAAUUUGUCGUACACAUUGCAUAAAUGAGUGGAAUGGCGUUGUGGAGCGCGCGGGCCCGAGCAUGCGCGCCAGUUUCCUUCCGACCGCUGGGAACACACUGAGUGUCCUUCGUUUACGUGCAUAUCAAAAUGGGAAGGUCUAGGUUCCCCGGUAAACCUCUCAAAUUCCAGAACAGAAAACGUAUCAGUGUCCUAUCAGGCGCCGUUUACCAUGAAACUACUCCGGACAAUCAUUCCGCCAGCCGUAGCUCGGCCCCCAAUGAUUUUGCUGGGGAGAAAGAGGAAGAAGAAAAGAAGGAAAAUAAUAGUGAGAAUGAGGCGAAUGCAACAAGUGAAGAUAAAACAAUUAAUGGUAUAGACAAAAACAACCCUGAUAAUCCAGAUAAGGACUCUGCUAAAUCCCCUGUUCGAACAAGGUCACAGAAUAAAAUGGAACCAACUAAAAGUGAUAAACCAAAGCCAGUAAAGAAAACUGUGACAUUCGGUACUGUGGAGAGCUGUGAAGAUAUAUUUUUGCCACUAAAAAAGGUUCCAAUAAAACAUCAUGCUCCUCUUGUGUCUAUUAUUAAAAAGAAAUCUUCGCUUAAACAAACCGAAUAUUCUACAUUUAAUAGUAUACUAAAGCCAGCUAAACUGACAGAUUUAAGCUCUAAAUCUUCAUCAGAACAUCAAGAGGGGUACUUGAGAAAGAAUUUGAAUCCUCUAUCAAAACCUACCAAUAAGUUUUCACAGUUUAGUGAAACUCGUAGCACCUCUCCUCCACCCAGAAAUCUUUCACCAAUAGAAAAAGGAAGUGCAAAUUCAUCUAAAUUUGUGCUGCCUGUAAGGAGCAGUCACUCCUCGAGAGUAAUCAAACCUAACAAAAGAUUUAUUGAUGGAGAUGAACAAACUACGGUACCAAGUAGUUUAUCCUCUGGUAAAGUCCUCAAGAAACCAAAACUGAAAAGGCUAGUCUUCAAUAAUUUACAUGAUGACGAAGAUACACCAGAGGAGGAGAAUUCAGAGAAAAACAAUGAUAAUGAAAAAUCUAAAGAUAAACAUACACUUGCUUCAAAUCUUUUCAAAGAUAAAACAACAAAUAUAUUUCCUAAUCUCAGCAACACUGGCUCUAGAAAAGCUGUGCGAGAUUUCUUUUCAUAUGAAGAAAGAGAUAAAGAAUAUUCUCAGGAUGAAAAUUCAAAUGUGGAAAGUUUAGAAAAAUUGAAACCUCCUGAGCCAAAUAAAGAAGAAAGAUCAGGCCAUGCUAUGAGAAAACUUAUGGAUAUAUCAGAUGCAAGUAGUUCAACCAGUAGUAGUGGCUCAGAGUCUGAAGAAAGCUGGGAAAGUGAAAGCCUUGAAGGUAGUGGUGAGGAAGGGGAAAAACAGCCACCAACAAGUCCCGAAAAGGAUAAAUCAUCAGCAUCCCAGUUACUCAGUGGAAAAGUCAUCAUUAGAGAGGCAAGGUUGCAAUUUACAUCACCUGCACCAUCUACAGCUGGGCUUGAUGGACCUUUCUCAGCCCUUACAACAGUUUCAUCUAACAAUCCUCCAGCAACUGUUACAUGCGGUGUCUGUGGUGCAGUACGCUUCUACAGAUUUGUGCGGCAAGCUCGAAAGUUUGGAAUUUACUCCUGCGAGUCAUGCCGCAAAUUCAUUUCCAAAUUGCUGAAGAAAGAAAAAAUGGUCCUACGAACAUCACCUGUGGUGACACAUUGUGUAAGGGGUGAAGGUAAUUGCCAUGUUCCCCCAGUGGUUCGAUCACAGCAGUGGAAAUUGCUGAAAUGCACAAACAAAUCUCGUUGUCCAGCAUGUUGGCUAAAGUUGUGUCUAAAAGCAUUCCAAGUACCACCACAUAUAAGAGCCACUUUAACUGCUAUGCUGCCUUCAUACAUGAGGAGUGGAUCCAAACCACCAGGACCUUUAGCGCAAGCUCAUCCCUUGAGAAUAGGGUCCAAUAAUACUACUACCACACAAACAACAUUCAAUGCUUUGAGCACAGAAAAUGAAAACAAUAUCUUUGCUAUUAAACCAGCAAAGAAAGCUGAAGAUAUUGAAAAACCUGAGGAGAAGGAUGUUAAACAAAUAAAAGAACAAGAAGCAAAUGAAGAAAAUGAUGAAGAUUUUAGUGCCAAUAGAAAGCGACGAUUAACAAGGGUUAAAGUUCGCAAGAAAGAAAAAGGUGAAUCUAAACAGACGGAGGAUCCUAAACGCCAGAAAAUGGAACUCAAGGGUCCCAGAGUUAAACAUGUCUGCAGAAGUGCUUCCAUUGUAUUGGGACAACCAAUUGCUACAUUCCCUACUUCAGAAGAAAAAGAGAAGAAUGAAAAACCAGGUCCAUCAGAUGAUGAUGGUGUUUGCAUGCCAGUUGUAGACAAAGAUAGAGUUACCCCAGAAUUGAUCAUUUGUGAACCCGAGUUAGAUACUGAGAACAAACUACAAGUUGUUCCAGAAGUAGCUACUAAAGACAGUGAUCCAGAAGUUCAAAUGGAGCCUAAGAAGAGAAAGAUGGAAGUUGUGACUAAGUCAUUGAGCAAAGAUUCCAGUGAAGAUGAAACAAUCAUGGAUCUUGUCCCAAGAAAGGCAACAUUGAAACCUCUAACAAAUAUAACAAAUGUACGAGGUCGCGCACAGAAGUGCGGUCAAAACCGUCCGGAAUUGAUAUGUGUUGAUUUCUGGGAAAGCUACGAUCCAGAUGAAGUGUGCAACUCUGGCUUUGGUGUCAUAGGCACUAUACCUUUUACAAUAGCCAAGCUAUGUUUUUUGUGCGGAAGUGCUGGUAGAGAAAAGAUGCUAGUGUGCGGCAGCUGCUGCGAGUGGUACCACGUGUGGUGCGCGGAGGAGGCGGGUGGCGGCGGCGCGUGGACUUGUGCGCGGUGCGUGUGGUGCGCUUCCUGCGCCAGGCCGGCCGCCCGGCUUCGCUGCCGCUCGUGCGCGCGCCCGUACCACGCCGGGUGCUUGUCCGCCGCACCGCCUGACCAUCGCAGCGACUGGCCACAGAUUUGCAGCUCGUGCUUGAAAUGCAAGAGCUGCGAUAGCAACCGCGUUAACAAGUUCGUAGGAAGUUUGCCUUUUUGCAGACCCUGUUUUAAACUUCGUCAAAAGGGCAACUACUGCCCACUUUGCCAAGCUUGUUACAGAGACAAUGAUUUUGACAGCAAGAUGAUGGAAUGCGGUUGGUGCGCAAGAUGGGUUCAUGCGAGCUGUGAAGGAUUGUCUGGGGAGGGUUACCAGCUUCUGUCUGCUUUGCCACCAUCCAUCGAGUAUAUUUGCUGCAAGUGUAUGCCAAACGAUCCUCCAUGGCGAAAAAUGCUUACAGAGCAUCUAAAGGGGAGACUUUUACAUCUACUCAAAUUACUUGCCAAAAAUAAAAAGGCCUGUGCACUUUUGAAAUUGACCCCCCACAAGAAUACACCAGUGCCCAACAAACCAUACCGACUCAUGUCUCCUCAGGCGAUAAGAAAACUACAUUUUGACAGUAGUGAUGAAUCUUUGAAGAAUACUACAGAAACUAAAGUUUAUCGAAACACAGCUAGAGGACGCCGCAACAAUAAUGUUCCACAGAAUAAAUUUGCCGACCCCAAUGCAUUCCAGAUAUGGAAUUGUUCAUCAUUGCUGACCGAUGUUGAAAUGGAAAAAGAAGAAAUUCCACACACUUCACACAAAGUUGUCAAUCUGCAGGAGCCAUUAAUGCAAAAUAAAGAAAUAUGUUUCUCAACUGGUCUCUACAAUAACAAGACUGAGUUCAAUACACCUUGUGUAGAAGUUCACGAAAAUUAUACUCCCCAAAAUAAAACAGAAAAGGCAACUACCAUGUUGCCAACUACCCUGCAUGAUGACAAGUACGAACCAAUAUCAGAUGAUGAAGAGCCACCAAAAAGUUUCCCACAGGCUCGCAGCGAACAAGAUCUUAGCCCAGCGAUUAUAAGACAGUCAUGUAUGUCUAUUGAAGACACCACUCUUGAAGACAUUAAUAGAAUACUGUCGCCGUCUUUGCUUGAUAUAAAGAAAAGAGUAAACAGUGAUGAAUACAUUUCUCUUAAAGACUUUAACCAUGAUAUGAAAGAUGUCAUCGAAAGAUUGGCAAGUGUAGAUCUCCAUUCCAUUUAUAAGGAAUUAUUUUCGGAGACAUUUCCUUGGUUUGAUUGCGAAAAUAAUUGUCUUCAGCCAAACUUAGAAGUUGAAGGUGAGCUAGAAGAUUCUGAUUCCUUAAAAGAUGUGGAAAUGGCAGAUACCAAGGGCAUUAAAAAGACCACCCAAGUAGAGCGGCCACUCGACCAGCUUGUGCCAAAAUUAGAAUCGGAAGGAGAAAAGGAAGAAGAAGAACUAUUAGAAUUUUAUCCUAUUCUUGAUUCCCGAAUAUGCGUGCUGUGCAAAACUACUGGCGACGGAUCACCGUCUAUGGAAGGCAGGCUGCUCUAUUGUGGACAAAAUGACUGGAUCCAUGCAAACUGUGCAUUAUGGUCGGCAGAAGUAUUUGAAGAAAUCGAUGGGUCACUCCAGAAUGUCCAUUCUGCAAUAUCGAGAGGCAAAAUGAUUAAAUGUGCAGCAUGUGAAGUUAAAGGAGCGAGUGUCGGCUGCUGUGCGAAGAAUUGCAGUGAGACUUAUCAUUACGCAUGUGCGAGAAAAGCUUGCUGUGCGUUUAUGGAUGACAAAAGAGUGUUCUGCCCUACUCACGGAAAAGAUAUUCCUAAAAAGAGCUUGCAAAAAGAUGCAGACUUUGAAUUAACAAGGCCAGUUUAUGUAGAACUUGAUAAAAAAAAGAAACGAUACAGUGAAAUAAACAAAGUGCAAUUUUUAAUGGGCUCUUUGACUGUUCAUAGUCUUGGUAAAAUAGUACCAUCAGUUUCUGAUUAUGAAGAUUUUUUGAUGCCCGUAGAUUUUUCUUGCAGUCGACUAUUUUGGUCAUGUAAGAAACCCACUAAAAUUGUAAGGUACACUAUAAAAACAAAACUUAUACUAGCAGAACCGACGCCUGGUUUUGAUUUCGGCGUUAACAUUACUGUCGAUCAUACAAUGGAUGUUCAAAUUGUUGAUCGUGUUAUCGCGGAAAUCGGAGCUUGGCAUGAGAGUUUAGAAGGUGGCCCCGGUAAAACAGUGCAAAUGCUGAAAAGCGAUAAGUCACCGAUCAAGUUUGGAAAUACAGUUACUUUGGAAGACUUGGCAGUUAAAAAAGUUGUUGAAUAUUUAUUAGACAAUGUUUGCAAGCAAGAACAGCAAGAUGAAGAAGAACCUCAAAACACUGCUGAUCUUCUACCACCCGAAGUAAAAGACGCGAUAUUCGAAGACCUCAACCAUGAUCUUCUAGAUGGUAUCUCAAUGCAAGAUAUUUUUCCAAAAUUAAUGUCUUAUGAGGAUCUCAUUGCAAUGGAUUUAAAAAGUGAAUUCUAUGGAGCCAUAGCUCAAUCUGAUGAUAAGUCAGACUCCCGAUCAAAUGAUUUUAUUGAUGAAUUAUUGAAUGCUCGAUCCGAAUCAGGCAACAAAGAAUUGAAAAGAAGUAAGUCAGAGAUGCUGUUACAAAACCAUAACCUAAAAACCUUGACCACUGGGAGAGGACAGCAAAGGUCCACAAGUUUGACGUGGAAUAAUAAGUUUGAUACAACCUUGUUGACAUCUACUAUAAAGAGAUGCAAAAUGGGAAAAUCCUCGACAGUCACUGGUAAAUUAAGUCCUAUUCAAAGAGUUACUGAAAGCGCUUUGGAGUCCAUUAAAGAGUUAGACAAAAGCAAUUUAGAUAAAAAGGCAAAACCCGAAACGAUAACAAGCAAUGACUGCAACGAGGCACCACAUUCAUCUGGAUUAAAUUAUCGUACUACAUCCCCUAAACAGAAAGAAGAAAAUCCUACAGAUGAUAAAAAUAAGUCAGAUGGUUACUAUAUUGACGUCAUUGAUUUCUAUACAAAGAUACAGUGUAGUCCUAUAUCCCAAUUGGAUGGUGCUGCUGAUUGGUCAGGCUCUGAAAGUACAUGCAGCUCUCGGCCCUCCAGUCCGCAAGAAGAUUUUACGCCUAUUCAGCAACUGGACGGCGCAGAGGACCAUCUAGGCAAUGAUAACACGGCCAAAUGCCAAACAAACCAGUUUUUGUAUAGAGCUAGUGGAUCAGAGAGUACAUAUACCGUAACUAUUGCCGGGAAUUCAAUAAGUGGACAACCGGAGUUAGUAAUGCGACCUUUAGAUGACAAUUCGUGUACAUCUGGACAGAUGGAACAACUAGUAAGAUGUGAUAGAUGUCAGUGCACCUACCGAAAUAAAGAUUCUUAUGACAGACAUAUUCCAUCUUGUGAUAUGAUGUCUACGAGUGAAAGCGAAAGUGAAAAUCCGAAAUCUCCUGAAAAUAGGACAUUGACAACACUUCAAAAUGCUUUUCAAGGAGCCUUUGCCCAACCUAUGAUUAUUCACGCAGGAGUUGUAAGUGGAACUGAUAACACUGUUAAAGCAGAAGGUAUUUCUGCGAGAAGAACAUCUAUUAAUACAAGGCAAAUCACAAUCAAUGGUACAAUUGUAGAAACACCUUCACCAGGCCCAGCAAAUGAGAUGACAAUGACGAUAACAGAGCAAAUGAAAUCAGGCACUGUAAUAUUUGAUCAGAGUAAAACUACAAAUGUGCAAGUAUCAGCCAAUCAACAAGUAUUAUCUUCACCCCAGAUAGUCGUAACACCACAAAUGCUACUUCCUCCUAAGACAAGUUCAGCUGGUGGGCAAAAGAUAAUGACUCCGCAAUUAAUUACGCAACAGGGUAUUAUUCCCUACAAUAUUUGCUUAAAGGCAGGUACUGGUAAUGCGAACAUACAGCAAAUCCAAGGAAGUGAUAUGGCGCAACUGUUGUCCGGAUCUGGAGGAAUUCAAGUAUUGUCAUCUAAUAACCAAGUACUGACUAUACCUUCUAAUCAAGCUGGAAAUAUUACGCCAAUGCUCCAAAGCAAAAAUCAAGUUACAAACUUUCCUAAUAUGGCAAGUGCAUCAUCUAUUACUCUUCCGGUUAAUUCUAUACAAGGAAUGUCCAAUGGUUCGAUAUUACAAAAUAUUCAACCUAUGUUAAGACCCCAACUUCAAGGCAAUCACACUAUUGUUAUGCCCGCUAUGACCGCGCAAAGGCUCACGUCGCCAAAUGCACAACCUAAACAGCAGUUAAUCCUGCCAAGUCAGAAGUCUCCUAAAAAGCACCCAGCACCAGUGCAACCAAAACCAAUUUUCCAAGCAGCUAACCGAGGCAGAGGCAGACCCGUUCCAAAACCACCAACAAAAAUAAGGCAAACUAAAUUGGAGAAGACAUAUACUACAAUCAAUCAGUCUCCACUGGGACCAGGUAAUACUGUUAUCCAGUUACAAACAAACAAUCAAACAGGACAGCCUUCAAUUAUCGUCCAACCAGUGACAAACCAAAAUAUUAUGUCAGCAUAUGUUGAAGCUUUAUCUCAGCAGCAGAAUCAAAAUAUGCAAUAUAUCGCAACUAUUGCACCACAAGGAGAUUAUAAAACUGGGCCAACACAGUUCAUUUCACAGAGUGGACUUAUGCCUCAAACAUUCCAAAUUCAACAAACGGAAUCUGGCGGAUUAGUUGCUGUACCCAGCGGGGGUAUACCCGUGUUGUUGCCUCAGGGAAACGUUGGAAUAUUACCGCAAGCCCUACAACAAGGAGCUACGAUACUGCCUCAAGGAGCGAUUCAAACGCAAGGCAUAUUAUCUCAGGGUCCCAACGGACCCACAAUUCUACCGCAAGCCAUACAUACUCAAAAUGGUACUACCAUAAUACCUCAAGGCACUAUCCAAGGUCUAACAUCUGGAAAUUUAACAUCUCAAACCGUAGUACCUCAAAGUGGUAUUGGAAACGGUCAAACCACUAUAAUUCCAAACGGAUUAUCGUCGCAAGGCAACACAAUAAUAACUCCUGCGACUGGCACGACUAUACUACCUCAAGGAACUAUAUUACCACAGUUUUGCAAUGAUCAGGUCAUUUUGGGAUCGGCGCCAACUCUAGAAAUGGUUACAGAUCCUUCUGGUUGCAUGUAUUUGACAACUACGCAACCAGUAUAUUACGGCUUGGAAACGAUUGUUCAGAAUACAGUAAUGUCAUCACAACAAUUUGUGUCUACUGCAAUGCAAGGCGUUCUAGCACAGAACAGCAGUUUCUCUGCAACUACUACCCAAGUGUUCCAAGCUAGUAAAAUAGAACCCAUUGUUGAAGUUCCAACUGGCUAUGUAGUGGUUAACAAUGUAGGUGAUACUGUAGUUUCGCAAGCAACUUCAUCAUCUCCGAAUGUUGUUACAGCACAAUCAAUUCAGUCAUCUCCAGCUUCGAGGAAUGUCAAAACAUCAGUACCAAAUUUGACAUUGCAACCUUUACCUGAUAAACAGUCUAAUAAUCGACAUACACCAAAAGUAAUUCAAAUGAGUACAGCUCCACUAACAAUUGGAUCUCAACAAGGACAUAUAUACAAUGGAAAACAAAACUUGAAUCCAAUCACAUCUCAGAUACACAGUAUGACGUUGUCAAACACAACACAAAGUUUGCAGAGAGUUAACAUUUCAAAACCUAAUAUUGUUUCUAUGUCCCCAAAUGUAACUCUUGUUUCAUCAAUUGGGCAACCUCUAAUGGCAAUAUCCCAAUCUAUUCCCAAUACUGCAUCAUUUUGCAUGCAAUCAAUACCUCUGUCACAACCAAUUGUUUCAAGUUCAAUUGCACCUUCAAAUAACAAAAAUAAUACAAUGAAAAUUGAAAACUCGCAUGUAAUUGAAAUAAGUGGUAAUUUACAUGAGAGCUCAAAUUGCUCUAGUUUACCUACGAUAAGUGUGACGCAGAGUACUAAGUCGCCAACUCCAUGGAGGAACGUUCAGACCGAAAAUAAAAUCGACCACCACAAUAUUGGGACCAAGUCCAAUUCUACUUUAAACUCUUCAAUGAGUAUUCCAAAUAACAUGCUUACUGGGAGACAAAUGGCACACACUGAACUUGGAAAAGACAAUCAGAGUUGCUUGUUAUCAAUGAAUAACAAUGGAAAUUCUUUGAAUACCAUUCAUCAAUUUGAAUCAAAUAUCAAUACUAGUCACCAUUCUUCUGCACACACGUCUAAUAAUGUGAUACAAAUUACAGCAGGAAAUAUUUAUCCUCCUGCAUCAUCUAUGAAUAGUAAUUUCGAUGCUGACACAACAUUAAAAUUAAGUAAGAUAAAUGCAUUGUCAAAAGCUGAAGGGGGUCACUUAAACUUCUCACAAGAAAUUAUGGCAUCACAUUCGCAACACCAUGCCCAAAACGACAAAACUUUUCAAAAUAUUGGUCCUAAUGAAAGUAAACAUAUUGAGAAUUUGCAAAACCAAAUAAACAUACACAAAUUGAGCAGUUGCCAAGUUCAAGGAAAUAUGAACAAUUCUCCAUCAAUAAGUAUUAUUCCAUCUAACAUGAUAAGACCGCAGAUGCAAAGCAAUCAAAACUCAAUGACAGUUUCUAAUAACCAAAAUCAAAUGUGUUCUGUCUCAAACAGUUCAUCACAUGGACCAGUACAAUUAAUGAAUUCUGCGAAUACCUCAAUGCAAAAUGCAAAUAAUAUGGCGUGCCAAGAUAUAUCCAAUAAUCGAGUGAAUAUGUCUGUUACUAGCGACAACAAUCAGCAACAUGAUUUGAAUAACACAGCCCUAGGAACAUCCAAUUUGUCACAUGGGGGUAUGCAAAUGAUAUCCCAUGAUAAUGGACAGCAUACUUCUUCUAACCAAAUCCAUAUUAUGAAUGGUCAGAUUCAACAUAACCGUCACAUAGAUAAUAGCGGAAUGCAACAGUUAAAUCAGGGGCCUACGAACAGAUCCUACCAUGACAAUCUUAUUAGUGGCCCACCAAGUCACAAUCAGAGCAAUAUGCUUUCUAAUAGAAGUACACCAGAUAACAGCAAUGUUAUGAACCAGAAUGUUAACAUGCACAAUAUAGUAAAUAAUCAUAAUAUGAAUCGUCCCGACUUGGGUGAUUUAAACCACAUGCAUAUGAAUCAGUCUUUAUCUAAUAUGAACAAUAUGCAAAAUAAUAGAAUGAUGAUGGAAAACAUGCAGUCACAUAAUAAUAAUCAUCAAAUUCAUUCCAAUAACAGAUCUAUGGAAUCUUUGCAUAAUCAGCAAAUGCAUUCAAUGCAGCAAAUAAAUCACCACAUGACCGGUAAUAACAGUCGAUCACAAAUGGAUAACAACAUGCAUAUGAAUCAACAAAUGACUAUGCAACAACAGAAUAGACAAAUGGAUAAUGUUAUACACCAUCACCAACAUCAAAUGUCUAACAUGAUGCAAUUACAAAACUCUCGCCCGCAUAUGGAUAAUACUUUAAUGGGUUUGCAUCAGCAUGUUUCAAAUCAAAUGCAUAACAGACAACAAAUGGACAAUAAUAUGCACAUGCAUCAUAACAUGUCAGGAAACAACGUCAAUAUGGGCCUCGGAUCUCAAUUAGAAAGUUCGCCUGUUAUGCCCAAUAUGCAUAGUAACAGACACGAUAAUGGUUCUAUGUCAAUGCAAAAUAUCAAUAACAUGAACCAGUUGCAAUCUAACAGAAAUUCUAUGGAACAUAACAAUCUAAUGCAACAUCAGAUUAAUAAUAUUAAUUCAAUGAAUAUGCAUAAUAAUCUCAAUAAUGUUAUGCAAAUGUCUAAUGCUAAUCAUCAGUCACUAAAUAACUCUUUGAUGCAUAUGCCUAAUAUACCUGAUAUCAAAAACGAACUACAAAAUUCUUGCAGUGGUAGCUGUUCGAGCACUAGCUCACAAUUUACUAAUAACCAGACUUCAUUUGAAAUGUGCACAAAUAUGAAUACGACUAAUAAUAUGAAUAUAAGUAAUAAUGGAAAUAUUAUGCAUGGUAUGAACGUAAAUAAUUCCAAUAUGUCUAACAAUAUGAUGAUGAACAACGUAAAUAACAGCUCUGUUUACGGCACAAACAACCAAAACUCUCUGAAUGGUCAUGAUUUGUUGAUGAGUUGCAAUAACUCUACAGAAGUAACUAAUCUUAUGUCUAAUUCUAAUCAUAUGAUGAUGAACAAUACACAGACUCAUUCUUCUAAUAAUCAAAAUCAAAUGUUGACGGGGCAAGUUGCAAAUAAUUCACAACUAAAUAUGAGCAGCUGUAGUAUGAAUGGAAACAACUUGACCCAAACACCAAUAACGAAUUUGGAAAGUCAAAUAAAUAGGACUGCCAUGGCAGUUAAUGAACAGCCCAAAUUUGUACAAGAACCAGUGAGAGGGAAAAUGGGACCACCAUCAAAUCCUAAUAUGCCUGUAAGCGACUGUGCAAAAGUAAAUGCUGUCGGAACUACCGAUAAGCAAAAUCAUACAGUACCAAACAAUAACCAAAUGGGAUUCAUGCAGAUGAAUGCACAAAGUAACAAUAGAGUAAUUAAUCUUCCAGAGAGAAAUAGGCUUAAUAGUGCAAAUCACGAGAAUAAUAUGAAUCAACAUGUACCGCAGCAGCACAACAUUCGUGUGGUAACAAACAAUGCUAAUAACAAUGUUGCUGGAAUUUCUAAUGAACCUUUGGCAUAUCAGCAAAAAAGCGAAAGUAGCACUAUGAUUAAUGUUCCAUUCCAAGCAAUUCCUAAUAGCGCUCCAAUGAAUAUAAACGUAAAUUCAAGUAACAACACGGUAAACAUAACUGUUCAAAAUAAUUUGGUGGACCCAAAAAUUGCUACUAAGACUGCAGCAGAUUUGAAUUUUCCAAUUCAAGCUAACAGUACUUUACUACAAAAUCAAAGCAAUAGUAAUAACAUGAUGUGCAUACCUGUUAACAAUAAUAGUACAAUUAAUUUACCGACUCAGAACAGUUCUAGUAUAACUUUGCCAAAGGCGCCUCCUACUCAGCAAUCAGGUAUACCUACAAAUGUUGUAAAUCCUAUGACAAUGCGACCAAUGAAUAGAGUUCUGCCAUUACAUAGAGAUGGCCAAAGUAAAACUACAAAGACUUCUGGUACAAAAGCUCCUACAAUACCCAAGCAGAGGCCUGUUAGUCAUGAUAUGCCGGACUUAAAUAUUAAAGAUGAGACUAUAGACAGUGACCUCGAAAAGGCAAUUGAAGAAUCAAAACGAAUGCAAGUAAUAGAAAAAGCUAAAAGAGAAAAAGAAGAAAUGGAUGCGGCUCGAGCUUUACAACUAUCUAAUGAAAUGCAAGAAGCAAACACGAGUUCAGCUUCGUCUGCAGUUUCGGUUGGUCGCCAUGAAACUAUUGAAACUAUUCCCAAAAUGACGUCAUUGCCUAGUUUAGAUGUUAUAGAACCUGAACCGCCAAAGGUAUUAACAGUAAAAGACACUAACAAAACAGUAUCAUCAAAAAUGCCAAAUCCAACGUCAAAAGUUUUAAAGCGACCCCUAUUAGAUAAAAAAUCUGACACAGAGAUGGUCGUGACGAAAAAACAAAGUAAAGUUUCGAAGGGCCAGGAAAACAAAGUAGCGCAACCUAAACAGGCACCUGAUCCACCCAAAGAUGAUGGUCCAAAGCUUAUAUAUGAGGUGUCCUCGGAGGAUGGAUUCAAUUAUUCUUCAUCAUCUUUAACAGAUCUUUGGACGAAAGUUAUAGAGGCUGUGCAAAACGCCCGGAAACAUUCUGGGCUACCAUUAAUUCAAUACAACCUACCAUCAACUUUAUCCGGAGCUCAUUUACUAGGCUUAAAUAAUAACGCCUUGAGAUAUUUAAUUGAACAAUUACCUGGGGCUAAUCGAUGCACGAAGUACAAGAUACGACAAGGUCGCCCUUUGAACAGUUGGGACAACGAUUUAGAUUUGAGCGAAGGUUUUAAGGAGAGCCCCUGGGGAAGCGCACGCACAGGCCCUGUAUCAAGGAAACAAAAUCAUGACAUGUUUAGUUGGAUGGCAUCUCCUUUUAGAGAAGAACCUCCGCCAUUUGGCGGACAAGAGGGAGAGAGCUCCAUUUCAAGACGCUUGGCGACUUUGCCCCCGGCAAUGAGGUUUAGACAACUAAAAGAGACCUCGAAAGCAUCCGUGGGGGUUUACAGAUCCCAUAUUCAUGGACGAGGAUUAUUCUGCAAACGUGACAUUGAAGAAGGUGACAUGGUAAUCGAGUACGCCGGCGAAGUGAUACGUGCGGUGUUGGCCGAUCAGCGCGAGAAGAAAUACGAGGCGAUGAGCGGUCGACGUGGUGUUGGCGGAUGCUACAUGUUCCGUAUCGACGACAACCUCGUCGUCGACGCCACUCUCAAAGGCAACGCUGCUAGAUUCAUUAACCAUUCGUGUGAUCCAAACUGCUACUCGCGCGUAGUCGACAUCCACGGCCACAAACACAUCCUGAUUUUCGCUCUUCGACGGAUAACCGUUGGCGAAGAGCUCACUUAUGACUACAAAUUCCCUUUCGAGGAAAUCAAAAUACCGUGCACGUGUGGUGCGAAAAAGUGUCGCAAGUAUCUCAACUGAAAAUCCAUAUGAGGUUGAGUGAAUCGAUUGUGUCAAUUAAAUUGGGUUUGAGGACGAUGUGCGGUUUACCAAAUGGAAAUAUUAUCAAAGUGGUUUUGUCACUUAUAUUUGUGUCGUCUUCUUGUUUAAAAUUACCGUUAUUGCAGUGUUUUUAGGCCGCGUCUAGAAUGGCGGACGCAAAUUCCCUUAAUCUUACGGCUUUCAAUUAAUUAUUGCGUAUGUACUUGAUAACACUUGCGGUGUAUGUCAGUUAGUCGUCCAUAAGUAUAUAGGCGUGUGCCUGUCAUUCUGGACGCGGCCUUACUCUACGAAGUUCUCAAGUAAAACACUACAAUAUAUCGGAUUUAUUACUAAAUAGCAUAAUAAUCAAUUAAGUACAUUACUGAUUUAAACAUAUUUUUAGAAGAACUAAGCGAUCGAUGAAAUUAUUAGGAGUGAAACAAAUACCGACAUCAUUAAACUUCACUCAAGAGUUUUGGAACGAUAUGGUGCGGAAUGAAAUACUGGGUCGAGCACAAUUUUUUAUAUGUACAUAAUUAAGACAAUAAGUCCAAAUCACAUAUCGCGUUUUUUCCCACCUCUUAUCUUGACAUAUUUGCCUCUAGAGCCAAUGGUCACGGAAGUUUUCAUGAAUCUUGUUAUGAUCUCUUUAUGAAUCUACCCAGUGUUUAGAAUUGAUGGAUUGUAAGGUGUGUUCAUUUAUAAAUUUCCAAAUAUUAUUUAAAUAAACAACAUCACAAUAUCAAAUUAUUAUAAUUAAUUGAAGUUAUCUUAAUGUUUACUGUGGUUUUUAUGGAUGAGGGACUAGGUUAGGUUGGAUCACAGAAAAAUCUAGGUUUUUGUUGGAAUUUUCUAAGUGAACAGACUAUUAAAUUGGUUUCAUUAUAAAUAUUCUUCUUAUUUUGUGAUAAGUUUUUAUACAUUGUGUACAUAUUUUUUAAGUUGUAUCGUUUUAGUUAGGUCGGUUAGAAAUUCUCGAGCGGCUUUAAGGUGUGUCCAUACUAGUGCGCUUUCACCUUCAUCUGACGUCUGAUCGUCUUUGGCGUAGAAUGGGACAGUUCAAGACUCAAGAUUAAGAUGUGAGCGAGCUAAUGGAGAUACACCUUUAUGUGUAUGGCUGACGUCAGCACUUAACAUUGAUGUGAUAUGCGUUAACCCGAGGCGGGAUAAGUGAAUGGUUAGUGCGUAAUAUAUUUGUUCCUCAUUUGUUCUUAUUUCUCCUCUUGUGAUCAGUUAAGUCUCGACUAACAUAGCUGCGUACAUGUACAUAGAUGGAAAUUAGUUGUUAAUUAACAUAAAUACAUUCGAAUGAAGGGUAGCAAAGUUGCGAGUACAAUGUUACUUUUUUGUAAUUUUAAUAAGUAUUGUAUAGCUAAUUUGUAAAUAAGAGAAAUUAUCUGUCAUAAUAAUGAGUUUAAGCGACAAAUUGUUUUAUCGUAGUCAUAGAGGUAGGGUUGUACUUUAUAGGAACAUUACAUAAAUCAUAUUGUGUAUAUAAUAAGUUAUUUGGUGUGCGGGUUGGCUCGGAAAAGGUUGUUUUUUGAUGGACAUUUUACAAUGUGAUGUUAACACACCAGCCAGGAAAGAUUUAACACGAAAAUGCACAUUUUUAGCUUUAAUAUUUGUUUCAACACAGCUUGAGGUUAAAACUAAAACAUUAAUUUAUAUUUAAAGUACCAUUUUUUCCUAAUAAUAUGGUUUUUAGUGUGAUUUUAUUUUUAUAUGUGUAGAGAAAUAGAGUUUUCAACAUCACAGUGUCAUCACAGUUUAUUAAGUACCAGUGUAUUUUUAAAUUUCACAAUUCUAGUAAUAAUAAUAUAUCUAGAUGCAGAACCGAAUGCAAAAUUAGUAUUAACCAUAUUCUAUAGGUGAACCAAUAAAACAGAAUAAAUGUUAGUUUUAGUAAUAUAAAUACAUUCUGUACAGCUGGACCUGCACUGAUUAUUUAUUUACUGAAAACUAUGAAUAGGGUUGCCAUCUCAGAAUAACCGAACCAGGACCUCUGAUUUUUAUCUGAUAAAAGGAGUACAAUUUUACAACAGUAGAUAUGUCCAUUUUGUAGUGAAUUAAAAUACUUAAAACGUUAAACACAUAGGUUAUCGGAUAGAUGGCAACACUCAUUUUAAGCGACAUUACUUUUCCACAUUUUUUUGUGUGAUAUAUUAAAAAUAUCUUAGCAAUUUAUUUACUUAUUUUGUUGGGAUAUAUGGAGUAUACCUUUUAUAGAGUUUACACGUAAAAUGCUGCUUAUUUUUUUAAUAUCUUAGUAAUUUUUAUAUGGCUUUUUCCAUUCUGUCAAAUUUCCGUCUGAUCUAUAGCUUUACCACGUUAAAGAAAAAGUAGUGGUACUCUAUCGUUAGCCAUGUUUUAGGUUCACCAAAAAGUUGGAAUUUUUACAAUUUUUCACCUUGUUAUUUUUAUGCACUCAUUUUUUUAAACAGUUAACUUGUGGACUAGUCUUUAGGAAUUAAAUUUUUUUAUAUAGCCAUACAUUCAAGUAUAUUUUCAUUAGUUAAUUGUAAUACAUGUUACAAACAAUUUGAUCAGUAAAAAUAGUAGAAGUUGUACAUCGAGUAACGAUAAUAAAUAACAAAGUACAGGUAAUUUUAAUCAAUAUGAAUUAUUAUUAACAUCUAUUUUUAAUAUAAGUUUUUUAUUGAAAUAAUGUUAAUAUGGAUUAAAAAAUUUUUUCUCUUUGUACGUUCCGUGUUUAUGAAGCUUGCGUUUCUGUGCCGUGGCGACAGGAUAGCAAAUUGAUCGUUAACGGCAUACAUGAGUUUAUCGCUUUCGCAGUGUUUUCACCACACGUUUUGGUAAUUUUUGAAAUUUUACUUUUUAAGAAGUCGGUUAUAAGGCCUCUGUGGCCUUGUCGGAUUUAGAUUUAUGGUUUCUACACAAAUUAUUGAUAAAUACCAAGGUUUAUGUCUAGAAGUUCCAUUACUAGUGUUCCAUCAGGGAGGGGUUUGAAAAACUGUUUUCUAUCGGUACGCUAUAAGAACGGUUUCGAGGUCACGCUCCAAGUCCUCUGUAGUACCAGUUAGAAUUUUAUACGGGCGGUUGUACAAAUAUAUAAUGUAUAGACAAUUACGCCAUGACACUCUUUACUUUUGGUUAUAGUUUUAUUGAGAUUGUAAAUUGUUUUGAAGGCUGUCACAGGAACUUAUGCUCUACGAAACGUAACUCUACCGAAUUUUCUUUAAUUGGAUUGACCAUAGAAAUCUUAAUAACAAGACAAUACAAAUUUUAUGUACGCGUCACUGUCGCCGCGAACGAGACUCGAAUCACACGAAUUUUAACAAAGCAUUUGUAAAAGAUUUAUUGUAAUUUUUGAACGAAAUUGCUCUUACUAAUCUAUAACAACUAGCGUACGCCGUUGUGGAAAACCGAAAGUUAUGGCUCCCAGUGUACGCGCGUACGUGUAGUGGUUCGACCGCUGGAAGUCGUCGUUCGGCGACAAGUAUUUUCAAUACUUACAAGUGCUAAACGGCAUUUCUAGUGUCUUGUUAUUAAGAUUUCCAUGGUCUCGACGAAUAACUGGCCAAUAAUUAGCUAUAAAUGAUGAUGAUACGUGAUAAUUUCGCUUUUGGCUUGAUAGUUUGAACGCGAUUUUUUUGGAAGACUCUGGAAUGUUCGCCAUUCAAGGAUUAUCACAACACCACGGCACAGAAACGCAUCAGAUAGUUUUUUAUCUCUUGACCCUGACAGUGUUGUUAAUUUUCGAUUGAUAUAUAUAUAUUUGUAAUAAAAUAUUUGAGUUGUGUAAAAUGUGAAAUCAUGCUUUAAAAUUAAGUGCAUGUGCAUUUUAUUAUUAGUCCCUACAAUUAAUAUAAUUUUAAAUAAAAAAGACCAAAUCACUAAGUGA